GGUCACUAAUGGAAUUUUUCGACUCGCUGGGACCACCUGUAUAGGACGUUUUGGCGACCUAUGGCCGCUGGCAUAGGGGUGCGAGUUCUUGCGCUGUCUGUAUGUAAAUAAUUUUAUGUACAAAUAAUUUGUAAACAUAAAAUAAUCAAAACACUCCGCAAAAUAGAUCUUUAAAGAGUCCACUAAAGUUGCAGUAACAACAUUUUAGAAGACUAAUCCCCUAAAGUUAUAUUUUGCGGGUAUUUUGAGUUCCCAAAAUCGGCAUUUUAGAAAGCGAUUCAAAAAAUAUGUAUAUUCGUGUAAACAAACCUUUUGUUAUAAUUAAUGCAUUUUCCAUGUUUCGCAUAAAUGACUUAUCAGUGGCUCUUAUAUCGAAUCUAAAUACUUUUGGAGCAAUUUUAAUGUUACAUUCAACCAAAAUGAAUGUGCCUCGGCAAAAUGUGAGCAAAUUUUUCGCAGAAUAUACAAAAGUGACUGGAAUUCAUGGCUUAUCGUACCUUGCCGAAAGAAGAUCAAAAACUGAAAAAAUAUUUUGGUUGCUUGUGAUUGUAUCAUCUUUGAUUGGAUGUUUGGUCAUGAUUGCUCAAAUUAUAGAAAAAUAUCACAAUAAUCCGGUUGUUGUGAGUUUUGAUACCAAAGAUACUGCAAUUUCUAGAAUUCCUUUUCCUGCUGUAACAAUUUGUCCAGAAUCGAAAUGUUCAGAAAAAAAAUUCAAUUAUUCAGAUGCAUAUAUGCGAGCACACAAUUGGAACAAUUUAAAUAAAUCUGAACUUCUCAAAUUUAAAUACGUCAGUAGCCUUUGUAAUGAUUUUGAACAAAAUAUUUUUCUAAAAAACAGUGGGAAAACCUUUGGAAGUGAUUUCUUUGAUGUUAUUGAUGAGUUACAACCUAGUGAAUUCUCGACUUGUAACUACAUGGGGGAAGCAUUCGAUUGUGCAGAACUUUUCACUCCAAUUUUUACUGAUGAAGGCAUUUGUUAUUCUUUUAAUAUUCUCGAUAGAAAAGAUAUGUUUCAAAAGGAUGUUGUAUGGUAUAAAAAGUAUCAAAACGUUACGUCUGAACCUUUAAGCUACGAAAAUGAUUUAGGAUACCUAACCUCAGAUGUUAUCACCUAUCCUUCUAGAGCGUUAAUGUCGGGGGCUGAUAAUUCUUUACAAAUAGAAUUUCAUCAUGUUCAGUAUAAUACAGAUCUUUUAUGUAACAAAUACUAUCAAGGAUUCAGGGUCCUGCUACAUAAUCCUACUGAAAUUCCUCGACCCAGCAAAUUUUGUUUUCAAAUACCUCUUGAUGAAAUUGUAACAGCAUCGAUUGAACCACAAUUAAUUCAAACUGCUAACUCUGUUCGAAAAUACAAACCGGAAAAAAGGAACUGUUACAUGGGAAAUGACCGUCAGUUGAAAUAUUUUAAGAUCUAUACACAACAAAAUUGUCAAUUUGAGUGUUGGACAAAUUUUACCUUAAAUCACUGUGGAUGUGUGCAUUAUUUUAUGCCAAGAAUUGGAAAUACGAAAAUUUGUGGCUUUGAUAGUCUUGACUGUGCAAAACAAGUUGACAGAGAAUUAAGUAUUCAAGAAUUACAAAAUGAAAUGUCAGGGAUUACAACAAAAUGCGAGUGUAAACCAUCUUGUACAAGUUUGAGUUACAACGUGGAGACUUCAAAUAGUCGCUUCUAUAUGAAGGAGUAUCUUGAUUUGAGAAAUACGUCUAACAUCUUUGAAGAACCACACAAACAUCAUUUUUCAAUGCUUGUAGUUUAUUUUAAAGUGGACCAAUUUCUGGCAAUUCAGAGAAAUGAAUUAUAUGGAGUGUCGGAUUUUAUAGCAAAUGUUGGAGGCCUUUUCGGAUUGUUUAUUGGAUUUUCCUUAAUUUCCACAAUUGAAAUAAUUUAUUUUUUAACACUUAGGAUUUAUUACAACUUUAAAUUGUAUGGCAGAUGGUCAGGGGUGCCUAAUUCUAAUUAAUUUCAAUUAAUUUAACUUGCAUUUAAUAUACAUUGAAUCAUAAACAUUUUAACUUUUUGGAUCCAACAAUCUGUAACAAACAUAAGUUUAAUUUUAAUUAACACACCUCUGGAAAUGGUCGACAUCUAUUUACAAUAUAAGAAACAUGACUAGCAUUGUUUGUUGGAAUUAUUAUUUUAUAUAAUAACGUCUGACUUGAAAACUUACAUGCCUUCAAUUUUUAUUUUUUUAGAAAUAUGAUUAUAACGUAGGUAUUCACUUGAUCAUUAAAGACAAAGAUACAGCUAGUAUUGAAAUGAAAAAUGAAUGAAUAAUACCAACCACGAGAUAUGGUGUAUUUAUUUCAAUAAAAGGCAAAAAUUAUAGAUUUUACAAAGAUUUUAUUUAUCAUAAUCACUAAUUAAUAUCAGUAAUGUGUAUGAUAUCUAUUGUUGGCUAAACAUUCAUGAAGUCCAUGCAUACUAUCCAUCAAAUUUUGUCAAAUUUGUGAAUAGCGGAAAUGGUCCCAAACGUUAUUGACGUGCUUCGUCAGUUUUUUAAAUUUUAAAUUUGUUCUCGAACUUUGGGUUGAAAAUUUUGCCAGUCGCGAACUAUAUUGUCCUAUAAAUUAUCUAUUGGAUUUAGAUGAGGCGAAUGAGGAACCCAUCGUAUAAUUUCGAAUUCCUCAUUUCAUUUCUCACCUGAUCGUCCAGUUGAAAUAAUCUAAAUAUAAUUCCAUGAAGGAUCGCUUUGAAGCUUUAUUAUUUUUCACAGAAAUACCUACUAAUGUACCAAACCAAAACCAAAAUAUUCAAUAAAAUGUCACAAAUUAUCUCAACAAUUUACCCUUCCGCAGUUCUCUUCAUUAUCAACUAUUAUAAAUGAACGGGAAGUAGGAUUUUCAAAACUAAUUUACGAUUCGUAGAAGUAGUGAAUCCCAAUUAUAAGUGUUGAGAAACAAUUAAUAUUCAGUAUUCAGUUAUAGCAACAAAUCUUUGCAGCAUUUUAUUGUUUUGCCGCUAAUACCGGUUACAAUAAUUAAUUAAUUAUUUGUCAAAGUUACAUUUUUGUCGAAAAAAUAAAACCGCUAUUGUGAUGAAACUUAAAAAGCAGAGAAAAAUCCCAAAAGCAAGAGAAAAUGUACUUUUCUUCUUAUUGAGACAGAAUAAUGACGUUUUAAAAUUACAAAUUUGCUCGUUUCAGUAUAACACACCGUAUGACUAAGUGUACUACGAUUGAUGCGGUUUUUACUAAAUACAUUGAAAAAAUAGAAUGUAAUUGUUUACUUAUUUUAGUUACCAAAAAAUAUUAGUUACAUUUAUAGACUGUGAGACUUAAGGCAAAAAUGAGGUUAUUGAUAGAAUAAUUGAAGUUCAAAAUGAUUCAAUAAUUAAAAAAAAAUUGUUCUAAAUGAUUUUCAUCUAGCCAGCUGUGAAUUUUCCAUGUAAAAUAAAAAAUGCCGCUUUACGAAAAUAGGGGUACCUACUUGU